UUCUGUCAGUGCUUUUGUCAAGUGAAGUAUAUAAAAAAUUUGCAAGCAAAAAUAUCUUUAUUUGCCGGGUCUUAAUAGAUUUGUUAACUAUUCAGCAAAUAUAAAUAAAGGUAGCAAAAUGUUUGGUACUUUGCAAAACUAUUUGAGUGGUAUACAGCGCGCUUGGUCCGCGGCAGAUGGCGACUCCUUGGCUUCCUUCAUAUCACUCAAAGACAAACAUAUUAUGAAUCGCAACCUGUACGUGGAAAAUCCAGAAAAUACAGUUGAACGUAUGCUUGAUCCGCCAAUUGAUGAAAUAGUGUGUGCACAUCUGAAAGUGCUCUACUACUUGGGCAUGGAAUCGCGAGACUUCAUGCAGGCAUAUCGUCAGCAGUCACAAUGCAUACAAUCUGUUGUUAAAAUGUUACAACAGUUGAAAGAGGAAAAUUGGUGCCUGCCCAUUAUGUACACGACCUGCUUGGAUUUGCGUAUAUUAGCGCAGAAAUGCGAAGAUCUUGGCAGUAGCAGUAAGCCAGGUGAAAUACUUGAAAAGGCUGCCGACUGCCUAAUGAGCUGUUUCCGUGUUUGCGCCGCAGAUAAUAGAUCUUCUGACGACGACACCAAACGCCUUGGCAUGCUCAACCUAGUUAAUCAGCUAUUCAAGGUGUAUUUCCGCAUCAACAAAUUGCAUUUAUGUAAACCAUUGAUACGCGCCAUUGAUAGCAGCAACUUUAAAGACUCCUUCCCAUUACCCGAGCAGAUUACGUACAAAUAUUUUGUAGGUCGCAAAGCUAUGUUCGACUCGGACUACAAGAGUGCCGAUGAAUUUCUUUCAUUCGCCCUGCGCAACACACCACGCAAUUUCCCACGCAACAAGCGUCUCAUACUGAUCUACUUAGUGCCGGUAAAGAUGCUACUUGGAUAUUUGCCAAAGAAACAAAAUCUCGAACGUUUUGACCUACUACAGUUUCAUGAACUUGCUGUCGCGCUAAAAGAGGGCAAUGUACGCAAGUUCGAUGAAGUUAUACAACGGCAUGAGAUAUUCUUUAUCAAAUGUGGCAUUUAUUUAUUGGUUGAGAAAUUGAAGUUCAUUGUCUAUCGCAAUCUCUUCAAGCGUGUAUAUAUAAUCAAACAGACACAUCAAUUGGAUUUGCGCGCAUUUCAGGCGGCGCUGCAAUUUGUUGGCGAGACCGAUAUGAGUAUCGAUGAGACACACUGUAUUGUGGCGAAUUUGAUUUUCGAGGGCAAAAUUAAAGGCUACAUCUCAUAUAGUCACAAUAAGUUGGUGGUGUCCAAGCAGAAUCCUUUUCCACCACUCAAUACGGUUUCCUAGGAGCGGGUGAUGCGUGGCGCAGAGCUGCACGGACCUGGAUCGUUAAGUUAUUUAUAAAACAUUUUUAUACCAGCUAGUAAUUACGGUAUGCUAAAGUAAUAUAUUUUAUUGUAUUUAUUAGAUCUGCAUGCUGUAGCUAGUAUAUGUAUAAGAACUGUCAAUUAUCACUUACAUAAGUGUGAAAGAAGAAAAGAUAAAGUACAAUAAACAAGAUGACUUGUUAUUUUCAAACGCAGAAAUGCAAAA